AUGGUUAGAGAACAACCUUUUAGGAUACGAAACCAAGAAUUAGUAAGUAGAUAUAAGGUAUGUAGAUAUUCCCAGCUAACAAAUGCCGGAAAUACCGAUUUUGAAAAGGUGUACAAGAAUGCUUUAAAGAGAAAUAAGCGGAGGGUAAAGGAAUUUGAAACUGGUAUUGAUUUAGCCAAACAGUAUAAACAACAUCGAAGCAAUGUACUUGGAAUUAUAUCGAACCAGGAUAAUGUUGAUUCUAUGUUUGUGAAUGAUAGUAGUAGCCGGUGUAAUGUCCAAACGUAUGAUGAAAUGUGUUCCAAACUAGAAAGUAACCAACGGGGGCUUAUCUAUAAUGACGUGGAAAUUAGAAAUAUCAUGAUGUUGAUCAGCACCAUGUUAAUUGAAACUGUUUUGAUUGAGUUGAAAUUGAGAAACAUCCAACUUGAAGACGCGGAAAAGGGGCAUGAGAUUGCAAAGUUUAUAGAAGAUUUCAAGACAAGCGAUGCAUUUUUUUCAUUACAACGAUUUAGAGCAAAUUUUUAUCAUUGCAAGUCUUCUCAGUAUCUCAAUUAUUGGGAUUCAGAUGCCUGCUCUCAAACAAAAUCAAUUAUACCAAUUGUUUUCCUCCUGCCUUAUUAUGAUGAUACUGAGAUUUUGGAAAAACUAGACAAGGCCUUCAAAGAGUACCACCACCACCACCACCACCACAACUCCAACACGACUGAGAAACUUGCUCAUAUCAAUCUUGCUUAUCAAAUCGUUCAAAUAUUCUUGUCGAGGCACUCAUAUAUACCCACCAUUAAAACAUGGUCUUUCCUACUAGAUAAACUAUGUGAAAACAACCUCACAAAUUAUCAGCAAAUCGUAUAUCUAUCAUUACUACAGUACAAGCACCAACCUUCCGUACUAGCCACACCAUCCGAGCCCUUGAAAACAAUAAUAGCGCCUUUAAUUCCAGACCAUUUUCUUCAUUUGAUCCAACAAGAUCCAGAGAUCUUGAGUUCUUUGUUAGCAUACCAAGUUCCACGCAAUGACAAGGAAAUGUUUGUCGAAUUACUUUCCUUUUUGAAAUUAGAUGAAGUUGCUCGUGAAGUAUUAACGAUUAAAUCACCUUUGUUAUCUCGAUCAAAGUACAAAUUGCCUAAAAUAAUACCUGGUUAUGAUUUUGACAUUACAAAUCUAACAAUCACACGGUCCUGUAUAUAUCGAAUCAUGAAAUUAACAAUCAGUAUUGGAUUAUUCGAAUACUUGGAUCUACUAUUUGACAAAAUUGUGCUCCAUUCAAAAGAUCAGGAGAAUAUCUUAUUGAGCUAUACUGAGAAUAGUUUAGUUAAAGGUAAAAUAUUUGAUUGUGAUUUAUUCAUGGUGAUGUUGGAUGCUGCUGAAAAAUCUAAUGAUAUGGGAAGGGUAAUGUGGAUAUUGCCAUUCUUGGAUGAGUUUAUUGCUGAAAAUCACCAGCAAAUUCCAAAACACUUGAGAGAAAAGGUAUUGGAAACAUUGGCAUAUUUUGAGCUUGAAGGAAAAUUGCAAACGUAUAAAGCUUUAAUAUAUUAA